AUGGCAGACACUAAAAAUCCUAUAACAAAUGUGAAAGGUGAAUUUAUUCGUGGGGUGACAGCUUUUCGUAAUUGGAUUAAAGAUGAACCUUCAGCUGAAUAUCAACCUGAAGCCAAUCGUUAUCAUUUAUAUGUUGCAUUAGCUUGUCCUUGGGCUCAUCGAACACUUGUUUUACUUAAAUUAAAAGGACUCGAUCAUGUUAUAUCAUAUUCAACUGUUGAUACUUUACUUGAAUUCGAAAAAGGUUGUGGUUGGGCAUUUGGAGAAAAAUAUCCUGAUCCACAUCAUCCAACAUUCACUCAUCUGAAAGAUGUUUACAAAUUAAAUGAAUCAGAUUAUAAUGGACGUGUUACCGUGCCUGUUCUUUUCGAUCUUAAAACUCAAAAAAUAGUUAAUAAUGAAUCAUCGGAAAUCAUUCGUAUGCUCAAUUCUGAAUUCAAUAAAUUAGCACGUCAUCCAGAUUUAGAUUUAUAUCCUGAAUCUUUACGUUCACGUAUUGAUGAACUUAAUGAACAAGUAUAUCCAAAAUUAAAUAAUGGAGUUUAUCGAGCUGGUUUUGCUAAAUCUCAAGAAGCUUAUAAUAAUGCAUAUGAAGAUGUUUUUUCUAUGUUAGAUAUACUUGAAAAUAUACUUUCUAAACAACGUUAUCUUAUUGAUAAUAAACAAAUAACUGAAGCUGAUGUACGUGCAUGGACAACAUUGUUAAGAUUUGAUCCAGUUUAUGUUACACAUUUUAAAUGUAAUAAAAAAAUGAUUUCAAAAGAUUAUCCAAAUUUAUUUGGAUUUGUACGUGAAAUUUAUCAAAUUGAUGAUAUUAAAGAAACAGUUAAUUUAGACGAAAUUAAGAAACAUUAUUUUGCUUCACAUUUAAUGAUUAAUCCAACUGGAAUUAUACCACGUGGACCAGAGAUUAAUUAUGAUUUACCACAUGGAAGAGAUCAUCUACAACAAAAAUAA